AUGUCCUUCGUUUGGAGUCGAUUAAGAUAUGUAUCUCGAGAAUGGUGGGAAACAAGUAUUCGCAGCAGGAAUUGUAUUGAUUUUGAUCAGAGUAGUGUGGAGGAGUUUCUUUCUCGAUGUGGAGUGAAAGAUUCUCAUAUGAAACAAGCUUGGGAUUAUGUAUUUGCCUACAUUUUGAGAAAUUGUCGAAAUUUGAAACGGUUUUGUGUAAAAUUGAAGGACGAACGCGAAUUCUUUAAUAAUUCUCAUUUGAAACUGUUGGCUCUAAGACAUGGAAAUAGUUUGCAAGAGUUGGAGCUGACAAAUUGUGUAAAUAUUACAGAGACUUUGGGUUUUGAUAAAACCUUUCGAAAGUAUUUUGGAAAUUUAAAAAAAUUGACCGUGAUUGGAAAUCGAUUUAUUCAUCAUUCGGUGUUGAGACAUCUCACCAAGCUAGAAUCACUCCGAAUUGAAAAGUGUGACAAGUUUUAUCGGAAUGGAGAUUGUACUCACUCAUUUUCACAGACCUUAAUGUAUUUUAAAACUGACAAGUGUUCCCCCAAACAUAUUUCUCAUUUGCAGAAUUUAAAGUUACUCGAUUUGUCCGAUGGCUCCAUUGAAACACAAGAUUUCAGACAUUUGACUGUUGCACACCAAAACAACCACAUGCCAGAUGCUGUGAUUGAACGAGUCAAAGUAGAUCCAUACGAAGUAGAACCUCUUCUUUCCAACCAUGUAAAGUGUAAAGUAUUACAAAUUGUAGAAAAGCGAUGUCGAUUUCCAUUGGCCUGUAUGGAAAGUCUUCUUCAGAUUUAUUCGACUGUGAAAAUAAGUCUUCCCUCUUCAAUGACUCUGUUUUUAAGUCAAAUAUUGUCUUUACUUUCCAAAGCAAAUUUAAUGAUUUUAGAUUCUGAAGAUCAACAACGAGUGGAACGAUUGAAAACAGCAUUCACAUACAUGCUGGAAAAUGUUCACAGUGAUCAACACAAGGACGUCCUUCCUUCCACUUCAUUGAAUAUGAUGACUAAUUUCAAAUAUUGGAACAUUGAUAACUUUUUUGUGUAUCACGAAUUGCUGAGAUGUCUUCCUUUCAGUGUAAGAGAGCAGUUUUAUAUUGAAUUUGUUGAGAGAGAGCGACAAGAAGAAGCAAGAGAGAUUAAAUUCAGAAAACUCAAAUAA